AUGCAAAUAUCAAGAAAGAUCCUCGGUGCUAUCAUCGGAUUAGUAAUCGUUGUCUCACAUUACUACAUUUCUGCAAAUAAUGACUCUACCAAUGCUGUUUCUGGUUCUUUGCUGGUACCAUAUAUGAAAAUGUAUAAGGGAAUAGUGGUAUCUUCUCUUCAUAAUCUUAAAAUUGAUUAUGUGACCACUAUUGAGCCUUAUUUGGCCGAGUUGGUUUCAUGGACCGGGCAAUUUUGUUCGAAUGUAAAAAUUCAUCCAGUAUCACAUAGUGUGUGGUUGAGAAUUUUAUCAGCAUAUGAGUAUUUUAUUAAUGAGAUACUGUCACCCUUUUAUGAAAAUACAUUAUUGUUUAUUAGACGUAAUAAACUUUGCUGUAAGAUUCACGCUAAAUUAGGACCCAGAUUACAACAUUUACGAAUUAUAUUAUUUUACAUUAGGCGUUAUAUGGAGAGGCUGAAAUUAGAAAGCUAUGAUGAAUUUGAAGACUUGAAAUCAAAAUACGGGUUUUUUUCCUUUGAUUUCGCAUCUGGAAUGCUGAAUGGCACUUUAUCUGAAUCACUUCAUCAAGAUACAUUGAGUAGCGCAAGAGAGACAGAUAAUGAGACGGAGAUAGAAACGGACACGGAACCAGAGAGUGAUGACAUCAUCAAUGAAGAGGUCAUAAAUCAAAAGCUAGAAGAUUCCAUCGAAUUGAACAAUCUUCCGAUCAACGCCGACAUAAAUGGCUACCAUUUAGAAAAUCAAGCCGAUGGUAUAUUAGACAGAAAAGUUGCCUUGAACAAUGAAUUUAACGCUUGGAUAAAUGCAGUAGAAGGCAAAUCCUCGAAUGCACUAUUGGCAUUUCAAGAUGAAAUAGAAAGAAGUAUUGAAAGGGAAGGAGAGUACUUUACCAAUGAAAUGGAAAUCCGACUCAACAAUUUAAAGAAUGAGAUAGAAUCACAAAUUGAUAAAAUUGAAAAAUAUAUUCAAGACAUUGAUUGCAUUUCGAAAUAUGACCCAAGCUCUAAUGAAUUAGUUUAUUUUGACAGCAAUGGUACAAGAAAGAUCCUAGAAUAUGUCUCAAGGCCCUUAAUGGAUUCCAUUUUCCUGAAAGCCCAUUUCCAAAUUGACGAGUUUCGCAACGAAAUGGAAGAUACUGUAAUUAACCCAUUCAUUUAUAGCAUGCAAUAUAAAUUGGAGACUAUUCAUCAAGAGAAUGUGGAAGUUUAUGAAGAAUGGGGGGACAUUAUGAUUAGCGAAUGGUCCAGAAGAAUGGCCCAAUUUGACGUCGUCUCAGGUCAAUUAUUAGAUGAUGACCCGCUAUUCGAACAAUCUGCUAAAAAAUGGCAAAGAUUUUUGGAUUUAAAACAUGAAGUGGUUGAAAUGCGCGACACUCUGUAUUAUUCUGAACCGGAUAGUACAGCACUAGAAGGUAUUAUUUCCAAUGCUAGAAUAAAACUGGAAGAAAUAAUUGAUGAAGCAAACAACCAGUUUGAGGCCUUGGGUAAGAAAGCUGAUGUGGCCUUCUCAGAAAGAGAAUCCAGAGAACGAGAGAGUUCGAUUACUUCAUUACCGCUCAAGAAAGCAAACAAGAGUGUUGGAACUAAGUUGAACUUUGAAAAAUCACAAAGUCUGGACGUAGAAUCAUUGAUAGAUUCCAUCCCCGUUCAUGAAGAGACGGAGACAGUGGUCACUGCAACUGGCGCAGCAACCACUGUCGGAAUGCUCCUAUUAUAG